GGACGACAGGACGCUGCUGUCGAAAUCAUCCAUCUUCUCCUUCUCCUCCAACUUUUCCUCCUCCCUCCCUCCCUCCCUCACGCAGACUCUCUCACCGCGGCAGAACAAACAAGCACGAGUGACGUCGACAGCUUCCACGGCCGGCCGCAGCUCGCAUGAAUCCUACACCACGCACGUGGGACAACAUCGAAGAGUAGCGGAUAAUUGACUGAGCAGGCCGUCGGAAGAGUUCCCAGUCCGCGACGGCGAAACGAGGCGGAGCAGCCCAGCGCAGCCCAUCGAUCGGGCAGCAGCGGCCGGAGCACAACACACAGCAUACUGCACCGCAGGCAGGCAGCCAGGCAACAUGGCCGCCAACAGCCACGAGGAGCUGUUCUUGAAACCUGAAUCGUCUGCCAAUCCCUCCGAGACGCCCCAACCCCUGCGCAUUCAGAAACACCCUUCGCCCUCGAGCGCGGAGCCGCAGCAGCAAUGGGCCCAGUAUCGAGUCCCGCCUAGUGCUGCCACCUUUGGCGCUCCCACUUCACCACCGCCCUCGGGGCCUCUACCCCUACCAUAUCCCGACGAACGAAAUCGUAGACAGGCCACGCCGGGCGCAUCGUCGCAGCAGAGGAUACCCAGUCGCACCGGUACCCCGCAAGAGCUAGCAGAAGAGGGCCGGGCGGGCAGUGGGACGAGACCACGCAAAGACAGCAUGUCUUCCCAAGGCAGCGGCGCGACCGCGGGGAGGGCGAGAUUCGCUGCAAACGAUCCGAACAAGCCCACAUUGGGUGGUUAUGGUGGAGGAGCGUCGCCCGUAUCAGCAUCAAAGCUCUCCGAUAGGAGGGGCACCCCAGCGAAGAAUAUAUUUCCACCAGAUUCGCCUGGGGGCCCAGAGCCUCCCUUGAAAAGCGACGACGACGAUGGACUGUUCGCGGUCAAACCUCAGCGCAAACCGAGCGAGCCAACAAAUGACUAUCAGCAAUUCUAUCCUCCUCCGCUCGGUGCUGCCCCACCAGCGAACUCGGCACCAGCACAGGCUCGAUUGCACAUUCCGGAUCCUGCAGGUGUGAACAGACUGAGCAGUACUGCUUCUACGUCUACAACGAGGGCGUCUCGUGGGUCACCUCCACCUCCAGAAACGCCAAUCGGAGGCGACACUCUACCAUCAGGACUGGGCGGUAUAGAAGCACGCUAUGCGGCAUCCGGCAUUCCGGGCACGAGCACGUUGAACGAGAUGCAGGCACAGAGCGCCGCUGCAGCUGCGCGGCGCGCACAUUAUGCACAACCCCAGCCUAGGCGAGGCGAGCUAAACGCGCCGCAACAGAACACCAGCGGGAGGUGGAGUCCGACCGAACAACCUGGUUCUGCGCCACAUGGGCCACCGAUCGCCUUCCAAGGCACAGAAGAAGUGUCGUCCAGAGGCGAGGGGGUCCCAUCCUCCCAGCAACGACCACGUCAGCAGAGUUACCCAAGACCGGGACAGCCAUCAGCGUCACCUAAUCACCUAGAAGGCGCAAUGAACAACAUGAAUAUUCACGAUGAGCCACCGCCAGCAUAUUCACCUCCGACAGCUGGCACUGUCAAUUCGCAGUACCCCAACGAGAAGGGCAGAUAUGCACAGUCUGCAAGUCCCAGCGUCGCGGGUUCAGAUCAAGGACGACGUCCGUCAGAUCUCAGCCGACCACAUCCCGCCUUUGCCAACGAUCCGCCGCAGAAUAUGGGUACGCCAUCACCGCAGCCUGGAUCAUCACAGCAGAAUGGGAACGCGCACGGCAUGGCGCCAAUUAACAUUGCCCAGGCGAAUCAGUCCGCUUCACCACAGCCUGGACCGGCCGGUCCUGCGAGUCCGCCACCACUUCCUGAGGGAUGGAUCGCGCACCUCGACAACAACUCGGGCCAUUAUUAUUACAUCCAUCUGCCAACUCAAUCAACACAAUGGGAGUUCCCGAAAGGACCAACACCACUCAAUCUACAAGAGCCAAUGUCCCCUGUUGGCGGCGUUGCGAGUCCUGUGUCCUCCGUCUUCAAGCAGCCACUGCAAUCUCCAGGCUUCCCUGUGCAGCAAAUGGCCAACUACGAUCGGAAUAGCAUGUUCUCCAUGAACUCGGUGGCGAGUCCUACAGCUGCCGGCUUCACGGGUCCUCCUCCAAGCGCUGGCAUCGACAUGUACAAGAUCUCGCCAUCGAAUGCUGUCUACUUCGGGCCAUACCUGCGCUACACCAACAUGGACAUCGAGCGAGGCCUCUGGCUCGGCAGCAUCAUGCUGAUCACAGAUGCUGGUAAUCAGCCUCCCACGAUUCACUUGCACCAGUCGCAAGAUCUCAGCCCGAAUCCGAGACAGCUCAAGGCGCAUCCGAUACAUUCACAUCAACGAUGGAUCUUCUACCGAUACGAUGUUGACGUGAAGAUGGACGAACAAAAUGCUGCGAAGUGGACGUAUGCCAUAACGUCGCACUUGGGCUGUACAAGAUAUGAAUUCCUAGUUGCUGGCAGAUAUGAGACCAGUUGGCGAUUCGUGGCGCACUCUGGCAAUGACUUUGCGCUCAAUGUGUCUGCCAACGAACGAUCUCGGCUUGGAGGCGCACCUUUGAUGUGGAAAGAUGUUCUAGUGAAGCAUCAGGAGUGCGGCGGCUUCCAUACGCAGGUCGGGCUUGGAGGUCAGAUUUUCGCCGAUCGACUCUGGAAGGACAUACCUUCGCUGAAGCAAUGGACGCAGGUCAGUGGCAAGGAGAAUCGCAAGACUGCACAGUGGACUGCCAAGAUGGAAGAAGACGUGACGCACGCGUACUUUCACUACUACUCUUCACACUUCGACCAGCCCGCUGUCAAGGAAGCCUUUGCGCAAAUUCCGCAAGUGUGCUGUCUGGACGAUCAUGACAUCUUCGACGGAUAUGGCUCGUACCCCGAGUACAUGCAGGAGUCCCACGUGUUCAAGAAUCUUGGUCGCAUCGGUAUCGAAAUGUACCUUCUCUUCCAACAUCAUACGACACAUGAGAUCCUACGCAACGUGUCCAACGACAUUGAUCUCUUCACGAUCACUGGCAAAGGAUGGCACUUCCUCAAGUACUUUGGCCCCAGCGUGGUCAUUGUGGGUCCAGACACGAGAAGUGAGCGGACGGAGAAGCAAGUGAUGGCGGGGCCUACAUACCAAGGCAUAUUUCCAAAGGUCGCUACGUUACCUCCCAGCGUGCAGCACUGCAUAUGGCUCAUGCCAGUGCCAGUCAUCUAUCCUCGACUAGAAGGCAUAGAGCACAUGGCACACACGGUGCAGACUGGUAAGAAAGUCGUCACUGGUGGGUUUAACAUGCUGGGCAAGGUGACUGGUGGCGUUGCUGGCAUUGUUGGCGCGAAGGGCGUGGUGAAUUCUGGGUUCGAUGCUGCCAAGAAGGCUGUUGGCAAAUCCGGACUCAUGCAAGGUGUGCUCAGUCCAUUUGGAGAGAUCAAUACGCUUGACGAGCUCCGUGAUCUGUGGACGCAUGAAUCCAAGGACCUUGAACGAACGUACAUCAUUCGCACACUCCAAGGAAUCGCUCACAACAAGUCGCUACGCAUGACGUUCCUCUCCGGAUCCGUCAAUGUAUGUGGCGCCGGUCUCGUCCACGAUCCAUCUCACCCCUCGGAUCACAAGACGAUGUACCAACUCAUCACCUCGUCGAUCGUCAACGCGCCCGCUCCUACAUUAUCUAUCAAGCUCCUCCACAACAACAAGCAACUGUACGUUCCACAGAACGGACAUCGCAGCGUCGUAGGCCAAGUCUCGGACACGAAAGAAGACAUGAUGGAGAUCUUCGCAGCAGAUGUGGAUGGGCGACCUCGAGAAAUGAGGAGAUUAAUGGGCCGCAGGAAUUAUUUGGCCUGUGUGGCGUAUGAUCCUGAGUUCGUGCAAGGUGCUUUCAGUGGGCAGCAAACGCCAGGUGUUGGAGUCGAAGGGCAGCAACCACAGAAGGGAAUGGGACGAUUGAGCCUUGCGGCCGACUUCAUGGUGCAGAAUGAAGGGGCUUUUGGACAGCCGAUGAAAUAUGGACCUGUCAUUAUUCCGAGCUUGGAGUAUGGACGAUAGGCAUAAUGAGGAGCGGAUGAUGAAAUUGCAUGUAGCGCAAGCGUUGGUUUAUGAUGAUUUUAGUGCAUUGCUGCCUUCAGCGUUACAGAGCGUAGCAUGUAGAUGAUCUUGUGUAGUGCGGUACAUGAGAAGAGAUACGUCUGAGAUCCACGUAACGCUAACCGAAGCUUUAUCAGUCUUCACUCAUGACAUUAUAACGCACAGUUGACACCCAUCACGACACAUAGUAGGACAAAUUGCACUUUUUUUUCUGUUGGCAAUCUAUACCAUCAUCAUCGAUUC